UUUCCCUCUCACUCUUCUCAUUCUAUAUUCGGAUAAUGGUGUCUCUGAUUUCGCCACCUUCAUUUUGCAGCAAUCAUUUACGCGAAACUGGUUUCUUCUCCGCGCUCUUGCUUCCACCAAGGAGCAUCCAAUUCCAACAUAGAUGCAAUUUUGGGAAUUGUAAAUGGAAAAGAGUAGAGUGCAGAGUUAUAAGCUCCAAUGCAUCAGGUUCAUCCCCAACCCCAACGACUGUGAUGAAGGAACCUCACAAAUAUUUUGAUGAGGUAACCAUCACGGUUCGUGCAGGAGAUGGUGGCCACGGAGCAAUACUAAAUCAGAGAGCAAAACAGGAACAGGAAAAGACGAGGAAGAAGAAGAGUUCUUUGAAGAGGGAUUUUGAUGGGUCCCUUAUACUCCCAAUGGGUGGUCAUGGAGGGGAUGUGGUCAUAUAUACAGAUGAGGCUAAAGAUACAUUGCUUGAGUUUCAUAACAAAAGCCGUUAUCAUGCAAAACGUGGUGGAAAUGUUGAUGCAAUGGGUGUUUUGACCUCACAGUUGCACAAUGGACUUGUAGCCCCUACUCUGCGUAUUCCUGUUCCUGUAGGUACAGUUGUCAAAAGUAAACGAGGGAAGUUGUUGGCCGAUCUAGCACGGCCUGGUGAUGAAGUUCUUGUUGCGAGGGGUGGACAAGGAGGGAUUAGCUUGUUAGAAAUGCCACAGCAUAAAAGGAAAAAGAUGAUGGCUUUGACAACUAAUGUGAUGAGAGAUGACUCUGAUAAGGUUUUAGUUCACGGUCAACCUGGGGAGGAAGUUAAGUUGGAGUUGAUCCUACGAGUUGUUGCUGACGUUGGUCUAGUUGGACUUCCAAAUGCUGGGAAAUCAACGCUUCUGGCAGCCAUUACACUUGCAAAACCUGAUAUUGCUGAUUAUCCUUUUACAACAUUAAUGCCAAAUCUUGGACGCCUUGGUGGUGAUCCCAGCUUGGGGGCAGGGAUGUAUUCAUCCGAAGCUACGUUGGCAGAUUUGCCUGGUCUUAUAGAAGGUGCUCACUUAGGAAAGGGUCUUGGUCGCAAUUUUUUGAGGCACCUCAGGAGGACCCGGCUAUUGGUCCAUGUUGUUGAUGCAGCCACUGAGAACCCUAUAAAUGACUACAGAACUGUCAGAGAAGAGUUGCGCAUGUAUAAUCCUGAGUACCUUGAACGACCAUACAUUGUUAUUUUGAAUAAAAUUGAUCUCCCAGAGGCGAAGGAUAGACUUCCAUCAUUGACUCAAGAAAUUCUAAGAAUUGGCAACGAUGGUGCAGCUUCUGAACCAGAACCAAGCUCUGAAGUUCCAGCUCAAUUAUUGUCUGAUGAAAGUGACAGGAAGGAAAGAAAACUCGAGGACUAUCCACGACCUCUCUCUGUUGUUGGAGUUAGUGUUCUAAAAGGUAUCAGGAUAAAUGAGAUGUUAAAGAAGAUAAGGGCGGCUUUAAGGAAGUGCACAGAUUCCAAUGAAUCAUUGCCUUCGAGUGUGCUACCAUGAGAUUUGCGUGCUAUGCUUUGUUAAACAACAUUGCAGCUCAACGAGGCUUUCUGGCUGAGACUAUACAUAAAUUGGUUCUGAUAUUAAUUUGGGUUUGCCAGAGAACAAAUAUUAAGCAAAUUACCCGUUGGUUUUGGAGAAAAUACACAUCUGAGACGAUGGAAGCAAUAUGAGUUCAUAGUCCAAGUUCCUCAACCUCAUAUAAUUGUAAGCAAGAUUGGCAAUUUUGCAUAACAAGUUAUAUCAUUUGUAGAAAUUUUGUAAAUUAUUUAAGCAAUAUCAAUGACUAGUUAUAUUAGGAAAAGAAUCAUGAUAUAUCUGCUAGCCCCAUAUUAGCAUGAUAAGUUUUAUAAGAGAUAAUGUCAUGCAUGAUGGAGGUGUUCAAGUACCUUCUAGAUAAAUUGUUAGGACAAACAAAACAAAGUACUCUAUUGAGUAUCAAAUUAUGUACAACUCAGGCCUCUAUGAUGGCUGUCUUGUUUUCAUUUUGCUCAAAUUUUUAUUAUUGGGACUUCUAUGAAAUGAUAGCAUGAAAGCAACGGUUGUUCA